GCGGGUGGGGUGGGGCCGCCCCCAGCGAGUGAGCGAGCGCCGCGCGCCGCCGCCAGCUCCGCUGCUUGGCCGGGUCCCGGUGCGGCGCGGCCGGCCCGCGGGGCGCGGAGGCGAGGCCCGCGGCGGCCGCAUGAAGGACUGUGAGUACCAGCAGAUCAGCCCCGGGGCCGCCCCGCCGCCCGCCUCCCCAGGGGCGCGCCGCCCCGGCCCCGCCGCGCCCCCGGGUCCGGGCCCCGGGCCCCAGCCGCCCGCCGCUGCACCGCGCUGGGGCAGCAGCGGCAGCGGCAGCAUCGGCCACCGCCCGCGGCGCAAGUGGGAGGUGUUCCCGGGCCGCAACCGCUUCUACUGCGGGGGCCGCCUCAUGCUGGCCGGCCACGGCGGGGUCUUCGCGCUCACGCUGCUGCUCAUCCUCACCACCACCGUCCUCUUCUUCGUCUUCGACUGUCCCUUCUUGGCCCGCCAACUGACCCUUGCCAUCCCCAUCAUCGCUGCUAUCCUCUUCUUCUUCGUCAUGAGCUGCCUGCUACAGACGAGUUUCACCGACCCUGGGAUUCUGCCCCGGGCCACCGUCUGUGAAGCAGCCGCCCUGGAGAAGCAGAUCGACAACACAGGCAGUUCCACCUACCGGCCACCCCCUCGGACCCAGGAGGUGAUGAUCAACGGGCAGAUGGUGAAGUUGAAGUAUUGUUUCACCUGCAAGAUGUUUCGACCACCCCGGACCUCACACUGCAGUGUCUGCGACAACUGUGUGGAACGGUUUGACCAUCACUGCCCCUGGGUGGGCAACUGUGUGGGGAGACGGAACUACCGCUUCUUCUAUGCGUUUAUUCUCUCCCUCUCAUUCCUGACGGCCUUCAUCUUCGCCUGCGUGGUCACCCACCUGACGCUCCGCUCUCAGGGAAGCAAUUUCCUCUCCACUCUGAAGGAGACACCAGCAAGUGUGCUGGAGUUGGUGAUCUGCUUCUUCUCCAUCUGGUCCAUCCUGGGCCUCUCAGGGUUUCACACUUACCUCGUCGCCUCCAACCUGACAACUAACGAAGAUAUCAAAGGCUCGUGGUCCAGCAAGAGAGGUGGCGAGGCCUCUGUCAAUCCCUACAGCCAUAAAAGUGUUAUCACCAACUGCUGUGCUGUGCUCUGCGGCCCCCUACCUCCCAGCCUGAUUGACCGGAGGGGAUUUGUGCAGCCUGACACCCUGUUGCCCUCGCCCAUCAGAAGCGACGAGCCAGCCUGUGGAGCCAAGGCCGAUGCCAGCAUGGUAGGAGGCCACCCCUGAACCUGGCUCAGUACUUGCCACCUGCUGGCCUGUUUGCCCUCCGCACUCACCUGCCGCACUCCACACCUGCCGGGACCCUCCCCAUUCCACCCAAGGGAAGUAGAGCCACCAAAGACUCAAGUCUUUUCGUAUUUAUUUCCCACCCUGCGUGCUGUCCCCACACCGUUCCAUGGCUGUACCCUCUGCUCCUCAGACCCAGGUUCCCACGGCCUUAGGCGUGAGAUCCCCCCAGCUGUUCAGUGGCAGGAGUGACAGGAUAGAGAGGCCAGGGCCAGGUGCCCAGAGGACCACACCAAGUCUCUGUGCCAGGGCGAGCCCUGUGUGAGUGAGGGUGCGGACUGAGUGUAAUGCCUCCCAGUUGGGGAAGCUGCUGAGCCCUGCUGAGCUGGGGUUCUGGGGUGAAACAAGACCCAGGAGCAGUGGCCUUGGACAGCGGGCUAUGGGACAGGAUGUUUCCAUGGGCUACUUUGGUUUGCCAGCUCCUUCAUUCUAUUUUUUUUUUAUAAAUAUAUAUUUUUAUUGAUUUUUUACAGAGAAGAAGGGAUAGGGAUAGAGAGUUAGAAACAUCAAUCAGCUGCCUCCUGCACACCUCCUACUGGGGAUGUACCCGCAGCCAAGGUACAUGCACUUGACCGGAAUCGAACCUGGGACCCUUCAGUCCGCAGGCCAAUGCUCUAUCCACUGAGCCACUCCGGUUAGGGCUCCUUCAUUCUUUUUGUGAUGAUCAUUGUUUUUCUUCGGUUUUUAUUUUUUUUAUAUGGAGUUGGCCAAUAGGAUAGAGCUGGGUUCUAGGUAGAGAAGGCAGAGUUGGAGGUGGAUGGGGGCGAGGGGGGCAGGGUAGCCUGUGUCAGAGGAAGCCAAACCAGCUGGCCAGGCACCCAAGACCUCAGCUCCAGCAUGAUUCCUGGGAAGCACACUAGGAAGUGAGGCCUUGCCAUUUCUCCGCCCAUAGAGGGUUCUCUAUGGGACCCCAGGCUGGCCCCCCCAUCUCUUUCCCAAGUCAGGUCUGGGAUGGGUAGGUAAUACUCAUGCUGGCAAUACUUGAAACGGGUUUAUUAAUGCUGGGUAUUUUGCACAAUUUUAUAGACCUCUUUUCUACAUUUUUUAAAUGGAAGAAGAAUUCUUAAAAAGUCAGCCAUUUUUCUGUCUGUGUAGUGCCAGGUUAAGGGUUAUCAGAAGGCAAAUUGAUUUUACUAAGUUUAUUACAAGAGACCUUUUGACUGUGAGUGUGCGUGUGUGUGUGCGUGUGCGUGUGUGUGCGCUUGCCCUUGUACAAAUGUGGCUGGCUCCCACUUCCCCACAUCCCCUGGGCUACCCUCCUCCUCACCAUCCCCCUCCAGUGUGAGCCUGCAACAGCAGUAUGGGCCUGAGCCAUGGGGACAAGGAAUGUGCGCAGUGGUUACAAGAGACCCCUGGGCUCCUGCUGUGGCUCAGCCCACAUCCUCCUUCCUUCCCCUUCUCGAGGGACUUCAGACAGCCAGUGGCUGGGGACUCAGCCACCCCCAACCCCACCCCUGCCACCCAGCCCCCAGGUCAGGCUUCCGGCUCAGAUCUGCCUAGACAGGCUGAGGCUGGGUGUGGUGCAUGGGGUAAUGGUUGGGAGGAGCGGCUGCCACCCUACAAGCCACACCCCCUCCUCCAAGCCCCGAGUAUGGGACCCAGUGCCAAGGGCUAAAGGACAGGGAAUCUCUGCCAACUGGAGGCCUCCGUCCAGAGAAAAGGAAGGAAGGAAUGAAGGAACAAGAUGGGCCAACGUGAGUGAAAUUGGCCUAAAUCUAGGCCAGAAACACAGAGGAUGUCCCUCCUCUGCUGGGAACUAUAGUUUUUUGUCAAAAUACAUAGGAAAUUGUUCUUCUCUCCCCCUCCUUGGCCCUUCAAAUGGCUGAAGUCCUUGGAAAAUGACAUAGGAAGUCCCCUUAUCUUGCCCUUCCUUGCUCCGGAGGCUAGUGUGUCACAGGCAGCUGAGAAGUGGCAGCCACAGGUCUCCUCUGGGAAAAUAGCUUCCCUUCACCCAGCCUUAGUGCCCUGCGCCACGCUGCAGUGGCACUGGGAGGGGAGCAGGAAGCUGGCUAGAGGAGGUCGACUCCCAUCUGACUUUUAUUUAAGCUAGUAUUCUUUGUUCCUGCUUGUAAUAAAACUUUUGUUUUUAAGAGUU